UAAUAAGGAGAAGAAGAAGAAUAACUACUUCCUUCGAUGUUUACUGAGGAAUGCGAUCUAUUCAAUAUUUUCAAGCAAUUGGAGCUGUAUCUAACGAACAACAAACGACAAAACAGGCCAGUCGACUAGACUGCCCUAAACUGUAACGUUUGUAGAAAUAGUAACGCUAUGGCGUCUCGAUCUCCAUCAUCAUCUCCGGUCUCUGCAAGUGGUUCAGGUAACGUUACUGAUCCAGCACGGCCUGACACGGGAGAGCCACUAGGUUCGGAUUCCGAUUCAGAUGUCGAUUUAGGACAAUUUGACUGCGGUGGAACAGGCUCGGGAGUUCGACUGGAAGGAACCGAGCUGGAAAAUGCUUUCGAAAUAGCAGCGGAGCGACUUCAAGAUAUUGUCCAAACGGCGAGCAGAGAACAGUUACUGUACCUGUAUGCUAGGUACAAACAGGUCAAGAAUGGGAGAUGUGAUGCAGCAAAACCAGGCUUUUUCGAUUUUGAGGGUCAGCGGAAAUGGCAGGCGUGGAGACAAUUGGCCGACAUGAGCGCUGAGCAGGCUAUGCAAGAAUAUGUUUCGUGUGUGAAGUCUCUGGACCCAGACCACAGUUGGAAGGCAUCUGAUCGAAGGGGUACAGAUCAAAGGAUGGGAUUUGGUGGCCCAGCAGUCAGCUCACUUUAUCAAGAGGAAACGAUAAGAGAAGAGGACAAGAACAUUUUUGACUACUGUAGAGAGAACAACAUCGAGCACAUCACCAAGGCCAUCAAUUCUAAGAAAGUGGAUAUCGAUAUAAAAGAUGAAGAGGGUCGGGCGCUACUGCACUGGGCCUGUGAUCGUGGACAUAAGGAUAUGGUGUCUGUGCUUCUGUUAAACAAAGCUGAUAUAGAUAAUCAGGACAAUGAAGGUCAGACGGCGCUACAUUAUGCCUCUGCGUGUGAGUUUGCUGAUAUUGUGGAGCUACUCCUCAAGGCUGGAGCUGACCCAUCAAUCAAAGAUUUGGAAGGUUCUCUGCCUGAAGAAGUUACAGAAUCUAGCACCAUAUCAUCACUUCUAUGUCAGUACACCGCUCCCAAAGGUUGAACCACCCCUUCCCACUACCAAAAUGUUUAUUCAAGUGUAAUGUUCUUCACUUUUCAUGCUCUCUUGCUCAUGAGGGUUAUCCAGUGUCAAAUCAGCAGUGAUAUCAUAUGUAUCCAUAUUUACCAUGACAAAAUGGUUCCUUUCAAGGAUUGUGUCAUUUUCAUAAAUAAUAAAGAUGACGUUUUUAAAAAUGUUUUUUUCUUAACGUUUACACACAUAUAUAUAGUUUGUGUUAUUGUCUGCUUGAAAAUCCUAGUAUGAUCUGUUAGAAAACAGUGAUGAGGUUUGAUUAAGGUAAGGUUAAGGUACAAACCAAGCUUGUGCAAAAUUCAGAAUUUUAGAAUUGGCCUCCAUUAAUUUCAUGAAUUUGAAUCGAAUUGGCCCCGCCCCACAGGAUGUUGAAUUGGGAUUGGAAUUGGAAUGACAUGAAUUAAAUUCAUGGCAAUUCAAAGCAAUUCCACAGUCACACAACAGAAAGAAUGUGUUGAAUCUCACAUACAGUGCCCUCCAAAAGUAUUGGAACGCAUGCUUAAAGUUAAAUAUAAAGUCAUCUUUUGGAAAUUGAUCUUAAUGCCUUAAAUGAAAAAAAGAGGAAAUAUUCAACCUUUAAGGACAUCCAUUUUCUUUGUAAAUGAAUAAUGUAUUGUAAAUAAAUAAAUGUUUUCCUUAAAAUACAGGGGUCAUAAGUAUUGGAACAUCCAUGUUAAAUUUCCAUAGAGUUCUUUCAUGGAUCCAGGACACUAUGCACCCUGAUAAAGUCCCCUUGGCCUUAAAAUAACCCCAAAUAGCCCCACAUCAACACUAUACCCUUCACCAAACCAGCUAAUAGGCUAACUGAAAUAAAACCAUGUCAAUCUCCUAGUAUGGACUUAGAGCCAUUCUCAAUUCAAUUCUGAAUUUUGCACAAGCCUGGUACAAACCACCUUUUUGUUGGCCUAUAUCACACUUUUAGCCAGAGAAGUAUAAGAGAGAACUUCUCAAGGAUCCUUCAUAUGCUGACUUGGGAAUGUGCAAUGCCUCAUUGGCUCUUUAUGAAUUAGACAUUUUGAGCUUAGUAAUUUCUCUUGCAUUUACCAUUUCCUUAUGUGCUUGGGUCAGUUGACCUUUGAGUUAGUUGACCACUCCAUUUCCUCACUCCAUAACUGUAAAAUUUGACUUUUCUCUCUGAAUUUCUGCUGCCUGUUAGCUAGAUUGUUUUGUAUCAUCUACAUUGGUCUCAUCCCAGCCAUAAUACUAUUAACUAUUAACUAUUAAUACAACAAUAUGCGACUUGGUAAUGAAUAUGGUUAAUGAAGGACAGAUAAAUACACCUGUCACUCCCAUUAAUUGGCACAUUUUGCAUUACAAAGUUCUGUGUUCAAGAAUGCCACACCCUGUGAAAAGCACAGCACAUCAAUGACCACAAUACAACACUGGUUAACAUGCUAGCAAGCCUUUAUGAGUCCCAGCAAGGCUUGGGUUUUUGCAUUCAUGUUAGUUUAGACCAGAAGUGCGACUGGGUUUUGGAUUAAGCAGAAGACCACAGUCAGUCCAAAGUCCUUAUUCAGAAAGUAUUUCAAAGUUAAAAUAACUGGCAGAUUUAGGAGAAACUUGUAAUGGCUGUGUCGUAAGUCUUAAUUUAAGGACUCCAUAUACUCCCUUUUUUUUUUUUUUUUUUUUAAAGAUUAACUCAUAAAACAUUUUAGUGCCAAAAGUAGCACCUACAUGUGAGGGAGCUUACAAGUAAUUGAGAGGAUUCUUAAGUCAUUAAGACCUAUUCACAAAGCAGCAGUUUAUAUAAUUCCACAGUGUUUAAAUGCACGUACACAAUCAUUCACACAAGAUCUCAAUGGCAAGGGAAUAAUUGUGCCGCUUGUAAUGGAUGCAAUAAUUCCACCAACAAUAACCCAAACUUUUUUCUUUGUUAAAAUCAAAACUAAAUGUAACAUUCUAUUGCAUAACAAUUUCAACUCUUUUAAUUAAAGUCUUUGAAAGACAA